AUGACCACUUCUUCCACUACUUCCCCCUUCUUUUUCUCUUCGCCACCUCUCUCUCUCAACCCCCAUUCACCUCGCUCUUUCCUUCCGUUCAAACUCAAACCAUUCUCCAUUUCCCACUCCUCUCUUCUUCUUCGCACGCCCUCAAGGUCUCGACACAACCCUUUCCUGACCCGCGCCGACGAAGACGACGGCGACGGUGCCGGCCCCGACGACUACGAGAUGGAAGAGUACGAAAUGGAGGAGCUCGACAACAAGAAGGACUUCGACAUCGAGUACGACCCCCUCGUCGCCGCCGCUGACGACAUCGCCAUCGUCGAGAGCGGCAGCUUCGUCUCCACUCUGGGCUGGGACUCCGACACCGUCGUCGACUACAAAAUCAACGAGGACGAGUUCCACAAGAUCAGCCUCGUCGAUUGUGACUUCUUCAUCCGCAAGCCCCCCGACCCCGACAACGACGUCUACGAUUUCAGAGAGAUGUAUGUCACUCCUCCAGAUACAGAUAUUUAUUCAAUUCCCAGGGUUCUCGCUCCAAUGCCGCAGAAGUACAUUAGAUGUGCGCAGAGUGAUUAUGGAAGCUACAACGUGACAGAGCCACCUAUUGAUGCGCCUCGAGAUCCUUUAUAUAAAACUGAGAGGGAGGUCCUGAAGGUGUACUUGACAAAACACUACAAGAAUCGGAGGUUGGGUGAUCAUGAGUUUGUGCUAGAUUUUGAAGAGAUUUAUAUUAUUGAUUCCAAGAGCAAGUCUAUUACCAGAGCCAAAGUUUUGGUAACAGCUCCAGGAGGGAGAACAAGAGAUAGAAGGAGUGACUUACUUGUUAUAUCUGAUCGUGGGAGCUCCUUCAAGAUAAUACAUGCGAGUGAAAAAGAGGAUCCAACGACAGUUAUAGAAAAGCAAGAGUGGGAGACUACCAGAGCGGAUAUGGAGAGACAUCUUAAAAAGCUAAGAGACUUCAGCAUUUCAAAUUGGUUUUGA